UUGAUGGUGGUGAUUGUUCUCGGGGAUUUGAGUAUAUAAGGGAUCUGAGAGCAAAUGGUGGCAUCUCACUACAGCUCUGGACUUCAGAUAGUUCAGUGGGUAUUGAAUCAGUUUUUAAAAAGAAUUCUUUUUAAAUCAACAUGAAGGCUUUUGUGCUUGCUGCUGCCGCUAUUUCCAGUGUCGUCGCUGACCCUUCCUCCGGUUACGGCCGUGGAAUCGCUUCUCACCCUGGUGGCGCCACUUCUUACGUGAGCAACUCCGUCUGGGGCCUUGGCAAGCGAUCUGCUGAUGCUGAGCCCGGCUAUGGUUAUGGACCCGGAAUUGCUUCUCACCCCGGUGGUGCCACCUCUUAUGUCGGCCGUACUGUCUGGGGAUUCCCCCGUGGCAAGCGGUCUGCUGAGGCUGACGCUUAUGGUUAUGGUGGCUAUGCUGCCCAUCCCUAUGGUGGUUCUUCUUAUGUUGGCCGCACUGUCUGGGGUCUAGGCAAGCGAUCUGCUGAUGAGGAGCCCAAGAAGGCCGAGAAGUCUGAUGACGACAAGGCUCUUGCCCAACAUCCCAAUGGCGCCACUUCUUUCGUUGGAAACACCGUCUGGGGAUUCAGAGAUCUUGAGAAGCGUGAAGCCGAGCCUGGUUAUGGUCGUGGUUAUGGAUAUGCUGCCCAUCCUUAUGGUGGUUCUUCUUAUGUCGGCCGCACUGUCUGGGGUCUUGGCAAGCGAUCUGCUGAUGCUGAGCCCGGCUAUGGUUAUGGACCCGGAAUUGCUUCUCACCCCGGUGGUGCCACCUCUUAUGUCGGCCGUACUGUCUGGGGAUUCCCCCGUGGCAAGCGGUCUGCUGAGGCUGACGCUUAUGGUUAUGGUGGCUAUGCUGCCCAUCCCUAUGGUGGUUCUUCUUAUGUUGGCCGCACUGUCUGGGGUCUAGGCAAGCGAUCUGCUGAUGAGGAGCCCAAGAAGGCCGAGAAGUCUGAUGACGACAAGGCCCUUGCCCAACACCCCAAUGGCGCUACUUCUUUCGUUGGAAACACCGUCUGGGGAUUCAGAGAUCUUGAGAAGCGCGAUGCCGAGCCUGGUUACGGUUAUGGUGGAUAUGGACGUGGUUAUGGCCGUGGAUACGGUUAUGGUCAUGGAUAUGGAUACUACGGUUAAGAAACAACUUUUACCCUCUGUACCUUUGAUGUCUCACCGUUGACACCAUCUCGCACUUUUUUUGGAAAGAAGAAUCAGUCCCCUUGACAGGGACCAGACGAGUAGAUCCAAACACAGUGGAUCUUCAUUCCAGUAACUGUCAGAAUAAAAGCUCAAAAACCUCUCA